UGACUGUGGACUGACUGGCUGGUGGGCUGGGUUGCACCUGCCUGAUCAGAGAGGGCCAGAGGCGAGGCGAGGCGAGGUUUGGGCCAUAGCACUCACUCCAUUCCCCUCCCUCCCACAAACCCACCCACCCACACACACACAUACUUACUGCACGCCGGCCUUCACUACCUGCAUUAUCCCCUACAAUACCCCAUUCAACGUUACCUUGCUUCCUGCCGCCCAUGGCUGAUAUUGGUGCCCAAAUCGCCCUUGACUCGGAUGAGACAGAUUCGGCCUUUGGUGAUGACUCGGCUUCCGAAACAACAUCGCUUAAGUCGGCUGUUAUCAACUACAAGUACCGCAACGGCCGCCGCUAUCAUGCCUACAAGGAAGGCUCAUAUUGGGGCCCCAAUGAUGAGACACAGGCCGAGCAGCUUGACAUUGUCCAUCACAUAUGUCUCCUCCUCCUCGAUGGCGAGCUGCACAUGGCCCCGUUGACUAAAGACCCAAUGCGUGUAUUGGACUUGGGCACUGGCACUGGAAUAUGGGCAAUCGAUUUUGCCGAUAGAUUCCCCUCGUGCGAGGUGCUAGGAACCGACCUCAGCCCCACACAACCCUCCAUGAUACCCCCCAACCUUCGCUUCGAGGUCGAUGACUUCACUGAGCCUUGGCUAUUCCGCAAAGAGAGUUUUGAUCUCAUUCACGCACGAUCCCUCUUUGGCUGUGUCGCUGAUUGGCCCAAGUUAUACCAGGAAGCACUCGACCACCUCCAGCCCGGCGGUUGGUUUGAACAACUCGAAAUGUCCGUUGUUCCCAAAUCCGACGACGGCACCGUAGAACCUGGCUCCAUCUUUGACAAGUGGGGCAAGAUUUCGGUUGAACUCGGUGACAAGUUUGGAAAAUCGUUGCGCACCGCCGACGAGGCCAAGGCUGGUAUCGAGGCUGCCGGAUUCAUCAACGUCGUUGAACACCGCUGGAAACUGCCCAUUGGUGGCUGGCCUGCUGACAAGCGCUUCAAGGAGCUUGGCCUUUACAACCGCAUCAACUGGGAGCAAGGCAUAGAAGGGUGGAGCCUCUAUCUACUCACCACCAUUAUGAAAUGGACCAUUGAAGAAGUCCAAGUCUACUUGGCUCUGAUGCGCCAGGCUUUGCGUGAUCGACGCAUCCACGCCUAUCAAGAAGUGUCAUUGGUCUAUGGCCAAAAGCCGCCAAAGCCUUCAGCCCCUUCACCAUGAUGCGUCUGUUUUUAAUGUAACUGUCCGUCUCAUAGCGUGCGAUAUCCGAC